AUGGCGGCAAACGAGGAUUGCGCAUCGGUGCUGGAACAAUUCAUUCACGAUGCUGCCAAUUUACCCGCUGAAAUAUGUCACAUGAUGGAAGAAAUCCAAGCCAAAGACAAGGAAAUGCAGAAACUGAUAUCUACCAUCGGCCAAAAGGACACCAAUAUACAGAAGCAUCUCAAACUGAAUGGUGUUCUAGCCCCUCAUCCCAAGGAGACAGAGUAUGCCGACCUGGUGAAAAGAAACUUUGAACAGUCAUUUUUGCUACAGAGCCAGAAAGCAAUUCUGAGUGAAAAGGCUUGCAAUUUACUCGAACGACAAGUGAAGAGGCUUGAUGUCAAGAUCCGUGAACUACAGAAUGAUGGUCAACUUGUCGAUGGUCCGCCUCUGCCAAGUGUGUUCGACCGGAAGCCCGAGGCACAAAAAUCGAUAAUCGACGCACCUGCAAGUCUCCCUCUACAAAACGCCUCUAUCAGUGCCCUGAAUGCAAGCGCACAUAGGCUGAAUGCUCAGAUGACGGGUGCAGCACCGCCAGCUCAACCGAGGCAAUUGCCACAGAUCGUCACAACAACAACAUCAGUUCAAAGAAGUUCUGCCCCAGCAACACCAGCCUCCGUUGUGCAACAGCAACGACAGCGCGAACGUGAGCAUUCCCUUGGGGCCGAUACCAAACGUCGCAAAUUGGGAAAUCCAUUGGCUGGGACUAACUUGCCCGCCCAACCGUCCAAUUUACGUCAGUCAUCCCUCGGUCCUGGUACGCCCAAAGCAAGCACUCCGACAGCUACGAGUCAAAGUCGAGCAGGCAGUAUACCCCGAACAACGGGUUCUCAGUCAAGCACGGUUCCAACGAAAAAGUCGGGCCUGUCGAAGAAGGUCAUAUCACAUCAACAAGUGAACAAGCUGAAACAAAAGAGUGCAAACAAGGGUCGACUUUCAGUGGGUCGCAAAAAAGGACAGUCACCAUCCGUACGUGGCAAUCGAGGAGGUACAGCUGCUUCAGAGGAUGCCGACUCGGUGCUUUCAUCUGCAGACGCAUCUGAGACAGAUGCCUCACAGUCUAGAGGGAGACGAAGAAACAAAAAGCAACCGGUGGAUGAGGCCGAAGUGGAAGUUGCCGAGGAUGAAGAUAUGGAAGACGAUGAGGCAGAAGACGAUAAGAAAUAUUGUUUCUGUAACCAGCGCAGCUAUGGUGAGAUGGUGGCGUGUGAGAACGACGACUGCCCGUUUCAAUGGUUCCACACUGGAUGUUUGAACAUGAAGAAAGUGCCAGACGAGGACGAAGACUGGUAUUGCCCUACGUGCCGGGAGAAGCCUGAAAUCAUUGCCAAAGUGCAGAUGAAGAAGAAACCAGCUGGACGCAAGUAA